AUGAAUCCCGUCAGAAAAAAAGGAACAUACAAGUAUUUUAUUAAAGAUGAAAAUCAAAGCAUUAUAGUGGACAUCUAUCGUCGAGGAUUUUGUCACGAAUCUGCUGUCCAUUGGGGGAAAGGAUCAUCUGGAAUGAAGUCAUUCGUUAUAUGAAGCCUUUUACAUGGAGAAAGUCAACUCACUUCUUUGUUCCUAGUUAUCUCUAUUAGUUCUUGUUCAUUGGGUCUUAGCCGAUCUCUAACAGCAACAGCCAACAUUGUGAUGCCUUCCUCCCGAGCUGUAUCAGCGGCAGUCGCAGGAUCAUCCUGUGCAUAUCCAUCGGUGAACAGGACAAUGAAUUUCCGCACGUUUUUUCUCGCCCCAUGUUUUCCAUUAGCAAAUUGCUUGAUAGCAUAGUGAAUGGCCUCGCCAGUUCGAGUUGUGCCACCGGUUGGCUGCAUCCGGAACAGUUCUUCAAUCAGAUCGUCCUUGUUGGUGUGCUUGUCCAAAUGA